AUGAAUCCUGACAUUCUAAACGAGAGGCAGAAGGCAACUUUUGACGUCGAGAAGCUCACCAACAUUUUGAACGGAGGCCCAGAAAAGACGAAGAGGAGACGAGAAAUCGAGUCAAUGGUCUUGAAUGACCCAGACUUUAAGGAGGAGGAUCCAAACUUCCUGUCCCGUAGUGAACGCUAUGACCAAGCUGUUAAAAAGAGCGCUCAAAUGAUCCUCAAACUGAGAGAGUAUGGCAUCGCAGACCCAGAGGAGAUCUACUGCUAUAAGAGCUGCGUGCACCCUGGCAGACCCGAUCCUUUUGAUCUGCAUCUGGGAAUGUUCCUGCCCACACUGCUCAACCAGGCCACUUCAGAACAAAUGGACCGCUUCUUCAUGCCUGCCUGGAACCUAGAGAUCAUCGGCACCUACGCUCAGACUGAGAUGGGCCACGGCACACAUCUCAGAGGACUGGAGACCACUGCCACAUAUGACCCAGCUACAGAGGAGUUUAUCCUAAACAGUCCCACUGUCAGCUCCAUCAAAUGGUGGCCUGGAGGCCUUGGGAAGACCUCAAACCACGCAAUUGUACUUGCCCAGCUUUACACUCAGGGAAACUGUCACGGUCUGCAUGCGUUCAUCGUACCUAUUCGUGAUAUGAACACACACGAGCCACUUCCAGGUAUUGUUGUUGGGGAUAUUGGACCCAAAUUCGGUUUCAAUGAAGUUGAUAAUGGCUUUUUGAAACUUGACCACGUGCGGAUACCACGGGAGAACAUGCUCAUGAAAUAUGCGAAGGUAGAUGCAGAUGGCACCUACGUCAAGCCGCCUAGUGCUAAAUUGACCUAUGGCACCAUGGUUUUCAUCCGUUCCAUGAUUGUGGGCGAGUCCGCUCGGGCACUGGCAAAGUCCUGCACCAUCGCCAUUCGCUACAGUGCAGUCCGCCACCAGUCUGAAAUACGGCCUGGCGAGCCGGAGCCUCAAAUCCUCGACUACCAGACGCAGCAAUACAAACUCUUCCCUGUGCUUGCUAUGGCCUACGCGUUCACUUUUGUCGGCCAGUACAUGAACCAAACAUACCACCGCAUCACCGGAGACAUCAAUCUAGGGGACUUCAGUGAGCUGCCAGAGCUCCAUGCUCUGUCCGCGGGUCUGAAGGCUUUCACCACGUGGGCUGCUAACUCUGCCAUCGAAGUGUGUCGAAUGUCGUGCGGAGGUCACGGCUAUUCCCGCAGCAGUGCCUUGCCGGACAUAUAUGUUGAGUUUACCCCAACCUGCACCUACGAGGGCGAAAACACUGUCAUGAUGUUGCAAACUGCACGAUACUUAAUGAAGAGCUACAGGCAGGCUAGAACAGGUCAGCGGUUGCAUGGCAUUGUGUCGUACCUGAAUGAUGCAGACCAGCAGAGAAUCCAACCACAGCAUGUCUCCGCAAGAUUGACUGGACUCGAUAUUAAUGACCUGUCUGACCUGGUGGAGCUCUACAAACUACGAGCUGCUACUCUGGUUGAGUUGGCAGCCCAGAGUAUCCAGAAGGAGCUGCAACACAAGAGCCAAGAGGAUGCCUGGAAUAAUAGUGCAAUCGACCUGGUCAGAGCCUCUGAUGCCCACUGCCACUAUGUCGUUGUAAAGCUCUUUGCUGACAAGUUGGGAGAGAUUGAUGCUGCUCACAUUCAUUCAGUGCUGUUGACGCUUGCUCGCCUAUACGCUCUUCAUGGCAUCUCGAACAACUCUGGAGACUUUCUUCAGGCCGGGUUGUUGAAUGGGUCCCAGGUGCUGCAGAUUACGACUCGUAUCAAGGAGCUGCUUUCUGAGCUGAGACCAAAUGCUGUGGCGCUGGUAGAUGCCUUCGAUUUCCAUGACAAGAUGUUGAAUUCAGUCUUGGGGCGAUAUGACGGGAAUGUCUACGAGCACAUGUUUGAAUGGGCCCGUCGCUCACCCUUGAACUCUACAGAGGUGCACGAGUCCUAUCAUAAGUAUCUGAAGCCCUUGAGAUCCAAACUGUGA